AUUCAAAAAUCUAACAGUGUUGGCCAAGGCGAGAGAGAGCGAGCGUGUUAGCGUUUUAUGUUUUGGCAGUGAAGUUGUGGUCUUUUCAAGUGGCUGCAGAGAAAGUCCCAGAGAAAGAGAGAGCGGAAAGCAGCAUAACCUCAUUAUUACGGUGUUUUGAUGUCCAAACGACAUCAUCAUCAUCACCACCAUUAUUGAGCACAGGCUUCAUUGACUUCAACUUCUCGUUGGCCAAAAGUCCCAAAAGAAGUCAUGCUAACUGGCAGCAAACCUUGCCGCAGCAGUCACAGCAACAGUCAUCAUCAACGUCGUUGUCUUUGAGGCAGCAAAUCCUCCCCCUACACUCUUCGUUUCGAAAAAGUUGUACCACUCCAUAAAGGCCGCGUGCUCUUUCUCUCAAUAACCAUUACCACCACCACCACCACCGUUGCCGCUGUUCACUGUUGCUCGCUCAUAAUAAUCGUCAUCAUCGUCAGUAUAUUUUGAGCCUCCUCACGCGUCCACAUUUUCCAACCACACACACACACACUCUCACUCACAGCCAAAACGAAACGACAACGAAAAAUCAAAGUUGAGCUUAACGUUCAAUUCGAAUACGGCAGUAAUAGCAACAGCAACACACCGGUACCGUACCGUUUAGUUAGUUAGUCAGUCAGUCGUCGUCGUUGUUGUCAGUCGUUGUCUCGUCUCUCACACGCAAAAACCAAUCAGCCAACCAACCAACCAACCAACCAGCCAGCCAGCCAUUCGGCCAACAAACCAAUCAACAAUACACCUUUACCACCUAUUCCUAUUUACCGUCAUCAUCAUAUACGCUGCUACCACCACUACCAAUGCUAGAACUAUUAUGUUUUUUGUGUUACCAAUAAACGCGCGUUAACAGCACCAACAACAACAAAGUCAACAUCAUCAAAAACGAUUUUUACUCUAUUCUAGACCUUAGAAGAGAAGUUUUUCACACUUGGCUUUUCAUUUCCGAAAUCUCAUUCUUAUAAAUCACAACGUACGUUUAUGUCGUCGCUGAUAACAAAUCGUCGUCUCUAAUACGCAAACAAAAGAAUUAAACAAAAAUAAAUAAAAAACAUACAUAUUUUAAUUGAAAUUCAAUAAAUAAACAAAAUUAGAAAAAAGGAAAAAUAUUUUAAAAUUCAAUACGCGAAAUUAAAAUAUUUUUUUAACGGCGCCCUAGAAAAGAUCUUAAAAACUGGCAAACUUUCAUCUAAAAAAAGAAAUAAAUUAAAUUUCCUUACUGUGAGCUAAAUCAAAACUAAUUUUUCCCAACGUCUAAAACGAAAAAAAAAAAAAUAAUAAUAACUCUUGUGUGAACUCUUCAAAAAGCUAAAGAAUAAAAAUUCACGUCUCUUUAAAAAUUUAAGAGCAGCUUUAAAAUCACGAAAAAAAAUAUUAAAUAAAGAUAUCACUGAGAAAUCUACGCUUAACAAUCAAUCUUCAAACCAAAACCUACGCAUAUCCGCUGACUAAAACUUAAUUGAACAACUCUUCAGAGAAUCUCUUCUGCGUAAUUUCGAAAAAAAAAACUUUCAAGUGGUAUUUAAUCCCAUUUGGUCCAAACCAAACCAUCACAUCCUAUAUCCAAAACCAAACUUUUCCUUUCCUCUGAAUCAAAAUUUCAUAAACGACAUUUAUACGAAUUAUAAGAAAAAGAAUUACAACAAAUCGUUGCUUGGCCAUUAGCGAAGAAAAAUUUAGGAGAAUUAAAAAAAAAAAUAUAUAUAGGACAAUUUUGAAAAAAAAAGAAAAUUCUUUGACAGAGAGUAGAAAGAAGGAAACAAAGAGUUAAUAUUUUGCCAAAAACAAAAAGUUAAAGACAGAGAUUGUGCAAUAUAUAUUUAUAGCUGGAAGAUAUAUAGUAGAAACCAAAACCAAGGUUGUUGUUAUCCAAAGAAAAUACAAAAUAAUUUUAACAAAUUAAAUCCCUCACAAAGGCAAUUAUCGUAAAACAAAAACAAGCAAAGGUUGUUGAGAGCGUUUUUAAAAUACAGUAAUCAAACAGAUUUUAACUAACGCCCGCCCGCCCCCUUACACCCACAUACAUUUUACCUUAAGAAAGAAGAAAGCCAAAAACCCAGAAGAAAUCUCCAGGCAAUUUUUAGCAAUCUUAAAACAAAGCAAGAAAUCAAGAAUUCAAUAUUCAAAAAAGCAGAAAAAAAAAACCAAGUCAAUUGAUGUUACAUUCAGAAAAAUAAACUAUACAAAUAUUAUACAUAAAAUUAUAUACAUUUGUAGAAUAUAUACAUAUUUUUAAUAUUUAUAUAUAUAUAAAUAGAGAAAUAACAAGAGCGAGAGCGAGAGAAGAAGAAGUUAGAAGAAAACAUAACAUUUUAAUCCUUGAUAGUUAGUCAAAAAGACUUUUGUGAAAUAUUUCAUUCAAACUCAGAAAACAAAAAAAAAACUUAAAUAAAAAUUGAAAAAUAGUUCAAUAUCAAAGUAGCAAAAAAUAAAAAUAAAAUAAAAUUAUAUAGAAGAAAAAUUUUGUUAUUAGCAUAAAUGAAAGUAAAAUAAGAAGAAGGAUAUCAAAGGUAAUAUUAAAUACAAAGUCAAAGGUUUGGCAAUAUUUUUUGUAUAGAAAAAGAAUUGCUGCAAACCACAUCAAAUUUGACUCAAGAGUACGCGUUUUGACAAUCAAUACAAAAUUAGCGUGAACAUAUUAUUAAAUAUACAUUUUUAAAUAUAAUCUCAAUCGUAUACAUAACAUAGCAUAUAGAAUUUUCAAUUCGAAAAAACAUACUUUUUUCCGAUUCCCUAUUACGAAUCGAAGCUGCAAUCAUCUACACAAAACCCCAAAACAAUCAAUCUCUGUGUGAUUUAAAUUUAUAUAACCUAAAAAAAAUUAAAAUCUGAUCAGCAAUCAAUCCAAUAUCCUCUUACUCUGGACAAUCUCUUUCUACAUUUUUUCUACAAGAAUAGAAAAUAAAUAAAACCAAAAGUGAUCACCUUCUUUUUGUCUUACUUCUACAAAAAAAAAAAAAAAAAAAAAUACCAAUCUAAGGAUAAUAUCCCAUCAAAGCAAAACCUCUUGGACAAUCUUUCUACAAUUUAAAUAUUUCAUAAAACCCCCAAUUUUAUAUCUCGACAAUCUAUAUACUUGUCUUUUACUCUAGUAUUUAUAUACUCUAUAUAUAUAUAAAUAAAAUAAAACUUUUAAACAUAUAAAUAUACAUUAGCAACAAUCAGCAUAUCUAGCAGAACUUUUAUUGCACAAAAAUCGGAAGAAAAAAAAAACAAUCAAUAUCCCCAUUUUUGACAAUCCUUUUUAGCAAAACAAGUUUCUAAGCCACCUCUUUUUCGUAUAUAUAAAUAUUUAUAUUCAGAAAAAAAAAAAACAAACUAAUCACAGUGUUUCAAUAUAUUUACCUUUAAUUGUAGAAUUUAUCUUAGCAGAAAACAACAGCAAACUAUAGAAAACAAAUCAAAAGAACAAAACCAAAAAACUAUUAAAAGAAAGAAAACCUAAUCAAAACUCUGCAAUCAAAACGAAAACAGAAUAAAAAGCAACAAUUUGUUCCAUAUCACUUCAUAUUCAUACAUAUAAAAAAGAAUUGGCUAGCACAUACAUAUUUACAUAGUCAAAAAAUAUAGAAAAAAAAAAAACAACAACAAAACAACAAAAGUUCCACAUUAGAACACAUUGUUUCCUGUCUAUCCUGACCUUUGCAAUAACUUAAACUCCACACCCCCCUCAACAACAAAAUACCACCAAUCGACGUGCAAAUCAAAUAAAAAGUCAGCAAAAGUUUAAAAAACAAAAUCACAAAGAAAAAAAAUAAACUUCAAAAAAAUCUCAGUGAUCCUAAAAAAAUCCACCAACAACUAGCAGAACAGCAACAACAAAUAUUUACAUCUUGCAUCGAGUUUCAAUUUCCAAUUGAAAACAAGACAAAAAGCUAAGCUCAUCAUCUUCCAGCUUUUCUUCAACACCAACAACUUCGCCUGCAAAACGAUUAUAAUGCAAAUGCAGUUGCUACAGGCAGCACCGACAGCCGGACAUCCGCAUCAGUUGCACAUGCAGCCACCCACCUAUUCGCCCGGCUAUCCAGCUGGGGCUGUUGCUGCCGCAGCUGCGGCCGCCACCAUGUUGCAGCAGCAGCAACACCAACAGCAGCAACAACAACAACAGCAGCAUCAACAACAUCAAUAUCAGUUGCAGCAACAGCUACACUAUGUCCAACAACAGCAGCAGCAGCAACAACAAACCAUUGCUGCCGCCCAACAACAGCAGCAGCAACAACAAAUGCAAAUGUUGCAAACCUAUAUGCAAUUACAGGUUAACAAUGCGGCCAGUCCCACAACACCCACGAAAUUUGGGGCCGCGCUGACCCAUCAACCCCCCCAACAACAAUCCCAACAGCAGCAGUUACAUCAACAGCAACCACCAGCUUUCUUUGCUGCCUCAUCCCCAGCCGGCACACCCCUGACCAUAAUACCAGCCUGCAAUGGCUCAGCUGCGGUGGCGGCCGCCAUGUUUGCGGCCAACAUGACAUCGACAUCGUCCACAACGUCAACAGCAACCACAACUCCAUCCACCAAUAAUGUAAGAAUUGAAGACCAACUACCGCAACAACAACUAUUUUUACAUAAACUCAAUUAUUUGCGUGGUAGUGACGAACUUUUAAGUCAAGCAGCAGUUAUGGCGCCCGCUUCGGACAAUAAUAAUCAGGAUUUAGCCACAAAGAAAGCCAAAUUGGAGCCAAGCACCGUACUUGGUGGAGUUGGUAAACCCUCAAAAGUCAUACAUUUGCGCAACAUUCCCAACGAAUCGAGUGAUGCCGAUGUCAUUGCCUUGGGUGUACCAUUUGGUCGUGUUACAAAUGUGUUGGUGCUAAAGGGUAAAAAUCAAGCUUUCUUAGAAAUGGCCGAUGAGGUGUCGGCCACCUCAAUGGUAUCGUGCUAUAAUGUCAAUCCACCACAAAUGCGCGGACGCAUGGUCUAUGUACAGUUUUCAAAUCAUCGUGAAUUGAAAACGGAUCAGAAUCCAACGGGUGCUUUGGUACCAUGUGAAUACCGCAUACAGUCCCCGGCCUCCGGUUCUCCAUUGCCCUUGUGCGGCGCUGCCAAUGCAAAUAGUGCCACCAAUGCCGAUAGUACAGCUGUUGCUGUCUUACAGAACAAUACCAACGCUGUGAAUUCAUUAACGGGCGGCAAUGCCAAUUCAGCCGGUGGCCCGAAUACAGUCUUGCGCGUCAUUGUCGAAUCUCAAUUGUAUCCAGUCUCGUUGGAUAUUUUACAUCAGAUAUUCCAGCGUUUCGGCAAGGUUUUGAAAAUUGUCACCUUUACGAAGAACAAUACAUUCCAGGCCCUCAUACAAUAUCCGGAUGCCCAUUCGGCCCAGCACGCCAAAACCAUAUUGGACGGGCAGAAUAUCUACAAUGGCUGUUGUACGCUGCGCAUUGACAACAGUAAAAUGACAACGCUCAAUGUCAAAUACAAUAAUGAUAAGUCACGUGAUUUUACAAAUCCCUCAUUGCCACCGGGCGAACCGGGCGCCGACAUUAUGCCCACCGCUGGCGGUCUAGUGAAUGCAAGUGAUUUGCUAUUGAUUGCGGCCCGUCAACGGCCCUCUCUAACAGGUGAUAAAAUAGUGAAUGGUCUUGGUGCACCCGGAGUGUUGCCACCAUUUGCAUUGGGCAUCGGCACACCAUUGGCCGGUGGCUACAGCAGCGGCAUACCAAAUCUAGGCGCCUUUGCCCUGGCCAACAGUGGCGCCCUCCAGACAGCUGCUCCUGCAUUGCGUGGUUUCUCGAAUGUCUUGCUUGUUUCAAAUCUAAAUGAGGAGAUGGUCACGCCUGAUGCUCUAUUUACCCUCUUUGGUGUUUAUGGCGAUGUGCAACGUGUAAAGAUACUAUAUAAUAAAAAGGAUUCAGCUCUCAUACAAAUGGCCGAACCACAACAAGCUUAUUUGGCUAUGAAUCACCUUGACAAAUUACGCUUGUGGGGUAAGGCAGUACGUGUUAUGGCCAGCAAACAUCAAGCCGUACAACUGCCGAAAGAGGGACAACCUGAUGCUGGUCUAACACGUGACUAUUCCCAGAAUCCAUUGCAUCGAUUCAAGAAACCAGGCAGCAAAAAUUAUCAAAACAUCUAUCCGCCAUCGGCAACAUUGCAUUUAAGUAACAUUCCAUCAUCCUGCACCGAGGAAGAUAUAAAAGAAGCCUUCACCUCCAACAAAUUUGAAGUUAAGGCAUUUAAAUUUUUCCCUAGGGAUCGCAAAAUGGCCUUGUUACAGCUCUCCACUGUCGAAGAAGCCGUCUUGGCUUUAAUCAAAAUGCACAAUCAUCAGUUAUCUGAAUCGAAUCAUUUACGUGUCAGUUUCUCUAAAUCAAAUAUCUGAAGCAACAACUAUAACAAUACCAGCAACAACAACAACCUGUUCAAUAAACCUGCAUGAAUCUGAGAGAUUUAUUAAUUAACGCAAAAAAGCAAAAUGAAACCCAUAACAUUUAAAAAACAAAAAAUCUACAUAAUAUAUAUUAAAAACAAAAAAACAAUUUAAACUAUAAUAAAGAAACCCUAAAAAAAGGAAAACAACCAGAACAAGAACAUAGGCAGCAAGCUAAGCAAAGUAUAUAAUACUGCUACAAAAAACAAAAACCAACAAACAAUAUAAAAAUUAUAAAACUGGAAACAAAUCAUUUAAAUUUAACAAAACAAAUAUAAGGAAAUCUGAUUAGUAUAGAGAAAAAGAAAAGAACAAAUUUUUAAAGAAAACAAAGCUAAAGGAGCAGCCGUAGCAGAAGAUGAAGAAGUUAAUUGUAGGAGUAAAUAAAUUGUUAACAAUCAAAGGCGAACAUGUAAUGCGAACAAAUGCCACCACAUUAUUUACACAGAUUAACAGAGAACAAACUGAAACAAACAAACAAACAUACCAUCGGAAAAUGCAAAGCAAAUUUUCUAUUUUGCUUCUCUUCAAAGGCUUUCUCACAACUCCUCGCAAAAUAAAAGAAAGAAAGCAGCCAAUCCAAGAAACUAAACAACCAACCAACCAACCAAUCUAGCAACAUCAUCACCACCACCUCCACCAACAGCAACAAUAUUGGAAUCCAACAAUCAAAUCAAAUUAAAACAGCAGCAGUAGUAUUUGUUUAUAAGUAUUUUAUUCUAUAGGUCACCCAAAUGUUCUUUAUAUAACAAAUUAGUUAUAAACAAAUUCUACUGUAUAAAUUUUAAUUAUUAUUA